AUGACGACGGAACAGUCACCUCAAUAUGAGGUUGUGCUGUUUGGCGCCACUGGAUACACUGGAAAGCUAUGCGCAGAGCACAUUCAUGCUAAGCUACCUAGUGAUCUACGGUGGGCAAUCGCAGGUCGUUCACAUGCUAAGCUCGAGGCUUUACGAAAAGAACUUCAGUCAAAAGACAGCUCAAGGGCUCUACCAGCAAUUGAAGUAUGCGGACUUGAAGCCGACCAGCUUGAGCUGUUGGCACGGAAAACUAAAGUGAUAAUUGCGACUGUUGGUCCAUAUCAGGACUUUGGAGAGCCCAUGUUGGCCGCUUGUGCUAAAAAUGGGACUCAUUAUUUGGAUUGCACUGGAGAGACCCCGUGGAUACUUGAUAUGAUAAAGAAGUAUCAUGAAACUGCACAGAAGACAGGUGCCAUUAUAAUUCCAUCAUGCGGCUUUGACUCUGUCCCCGCAGAUAUAUCAGCCUUCACCGUGGUUAAUUACAUCCGUACCAAGUUGUCCUCACCCACUGCCAGGGUGGACUACUCAGUCCAUGAGAUAAAAGGCGGCAUCAGCGGCGGCACUGUGAAUUCCGCCAUACGCAUGUUUGACCAAUACUCCCUCUCACAGCUCCUUAAGCUACUAGCACCAUUCUCUCUCUCACCAAGACACCCCAAACGGAGCCAUCCUCAAAAGAAACUCUCUCUCUUGUCUCAAAUCUUCGGUCUCCGCAAGAUGCCCCGGCUGGGUUGGAUGGGAGUCAACCCCCAGGGCCUUGUUGAUAAAUGCUACAUCAACCGAAGCUGGGGCCUAGCUGCGGAUAGCGAAACAGAGACCUACGGUGAAAACUUCGAUUACCAUGCCUGGAUGCGGGUGCCAGGUCCGGUGAGUGCUGUUAUCUGGCACUUCACUAUGUUGACUGCCAUGUUUCUCUUUUGCAUUCCGCCGUUCCGGUUGUUGAUUAAGAAGGUGGCGUUUAAGCAGGGUGAUGGACCAAGCUUGGGCUUCCGGGAGAAAUGCUCGUUCGUUGUUCGCACGUCUGCUAUUGCGGAUAAUACGAAGGGACAACAGGUGAUUGCGAAUCUGACGGUUGGUAUCGACCCGUAUACGUUUACUGGGGUCUGUCUUGGAGAGGCUGCUCUACUACUUUCACGAGAUACUAGUAUACAAGCUCGACUGAAGGGUGGUGUUCUGACAACAUCUAUGAUGGGCAAGACAUUUUUGGAGAGCCUGGAGAGAAAUGGCGCGAAGAUGGAGGUGAAGGAAGUAGUUUGAUACGACCUAUAAUCGAAUGGGAAUGUAAAGUAUGUUUGGGAGGCUCUGUGUAUAAUUAAGAGGGGUUGUAUACAAUAUGUAGGACUUAUAAAUGAAAUCCAAUGGUCUCGAC